UCCACCCGUUCUAUGGGAGCACGGGCCUUCUCCCAUGACAGUAUUUUUAUCCCUGAUGGGGGAGCAGAAAAUGAGCAGACAGUUCAAGCAAUGUCACAGGACAACAUCCUGGGCAAAGUCAAAACUCUUCAGCGACAGUUGGGGAAGAAUAUCAAGUUUGGGCAGCGGCCAUCGAAUGCCAUUCCCAUGAAGAAGGCGGGCAGUGCGGACGCUAGCUCUGAUGAGGACUUCUUCCUGACCAGUCCCAUGGAAAUUGUGACUCAGCAGGAUAUUGUCCUCUCAGACCCAGAGAACAAAUCUAGUGACACGCCAAGUUCCUCCAGUCCUCUGAAUCUACCUGAAGCCAGACGUGAGAUGGAAGAAAAGGUUGCUCCAGUUAAACCCUCUCGGCCAAAAAGGCACCUCUCUCCUGCUGGCACCAUUGAAAGUGUCAACCUGGACGCCAUCCCCCUGGCGAUUGCUCGUCUGGACAACAGUGCUGCCAAGCACAAGCUCUCUGUGAAGCCAAAAAACCAGAGGGUGUCAAGGAAGCACAGGUGGCUUUCCCAGGAUCGUCAGAAUGAGCCAGGCAGCUUUGAGAGGCAGCCUUCCCUGGACCAGAACGGGCAGCCAGGAGAAGACAGGCACAUUUGGCAUGAGGAGGAACCAGAACCUCUGGAUUCCCGCGAUGACAAAAGACUCCAGGAAGAAUAUUGGCGGGAACUUGAAGCCAAGUGCAAGCGACAAAAAGCUGAGGCAGCUGAGAAGAGGCGCCUGGAAGAGGAGAGGCGGCAAGCGCUGGAGAGGAGGCUUUGGGAGGAGAGUCUCAGAGAGGAGCUGCUGGAAGAGGAGGAAGGCAAGGAGGAGGAGCUGCAGCUAGAGGCAGGGAAGGCAUCUCCAGCGGAAGGGCAGCAGUCUGGUCUGGAGGAGCAGGGAGGUGCAGAGUUGGGGGAAGCCAAUGACCCUGCGAGCCUGGAGGCUAAAAAGCGCAGGCAUGAGCAGGAAGAUGCUGAGAGGCAUGAAGAGGCACUGAGGCAGUGUGAGGCCCAGAGGCAGGAAGAGGAGCUGAGACAGCGGGAUGCCCAGAGGCAGGAAGAGGAACUGAGGCAACUCGAGGUCCAGAGGCAGGAGGAGAAACUGAGGCAACUCGAGGUCCAGAGGCAGGAGGAGAAACUGAGGCAACUCGAGGUCCAGAGGCAGGAGGAGAAACUGAGGCAACUCGAGGCCCAGAGGCAGGAGGAGGAACUGAGGCAGCUCGAGGCCCAGAGGCAGGAAGAGGAACUGAGGCAACUCGAAGCCCAGAGGCAGGAGGAGAAACUGAGGCAGCUUGAGGCCCAGAGACAGGAAGAACUGAGGCAGCUCGAGGCCCAGAGGCAGGAGGAGAAACUGAAGCAGCUGGAGGCCGAGAGGCAGCAUGCUCAGGAGGAGGAGGCCAGGAGGAUGCUGCAGGACCUCAGGCAGGAAGAAGAGGAGGAGGCCAAGUGCACAGAAGAGCUGAAAGGAUGGGAAAUGGAGACACAGGGCGUGGACGAAAGCCCACGGAGUCCAGGAGAGAGCCAGCCUCGGCUAACAGAGUACACUAAUCAGCAAAGCCCAUUGCAGCGGGACCUUGAGAAGCCAGAGGAACAAGAAAACCUCGAAUCUGUGGGACAGAAAGAGAUGGCCCAGGAGCAGAAGGAAGAGGCUAAGAUGACCAGCGAGCCAGAUGGGCAGAGGGAAGACUUGGGCACGGAGGGCAGUGAUGUAGACGUGGAAGGGAGAGAAGCCACUCAGAUAGAUACCCCCCUGCCACGAGAGGUGCAGAUGGGCAGAACGCUGGCCUCAGAAGACAAGAACGAAGCUGUCGCUGCAGAUAAGGACCGAAAUGUGGAGGAGCUCCGGUGGCAAGAGGUGGAAGAGCGGCAGACCAUGCCCCGACCCUACACAUUCCAGGUGUCCUCCGGGAGUAGGCAGAUUCUCUUCCCCAAAGUCAACCUGAGCCCAGUGACACCAGCCAAGGACGCAAGCCUGGCUCCAGUGGCCCAGGAACCACCUGUGCCCAGUGGCGCCACUCCACACGCCCUGCCCUCGGCGCUCAGCAUCCCACACACGGCCAUUCUGGUCACUGGAGCGCAGCUCUGCGGCCCAGCGGUCAACCUGAGCCAGAUCAAGGACACAGCGUGCAAGUCCCUUCUAGGCCUGUCAGAAGAAAAGCGGCAGGUGGAUGUCCCCACAGUGGAACCCAGGGCCACCAGCGGCAAGGCCAGGCCUCCCCCGGAGUCGCCGAGCAAUGCCACUGCGCUAGCCGAGUGGGCGUCCAUUCGAUCCAGGAUCCUGAAGAACGCAGACGGUGACCAGCGUGGUGACAGAGAGCCAGCCAGAGCCGGGGAUGAGCCCGCUCCCCGAGCGCGGUGCGAUUCCCGAGGGAACAUGCGCAGGACGCAGCCAGUCAAGUUCUCCAUCAUGCCGGCCUGGCAGAAAUUCUCGGACGGAGGCUCAGACACCUCCAAGCAGAGCCUGGAUGGUGAAAGCAUGAGGAAAAAACCCAGGCCAGCAGCAGGUGAAGAAACAACGCCUCAGCCUCUGCCUGCGGCUCUGGAGCCUCGGAAGUGCCUGGAGAAGCAAGAGGUGCGCCAGGAGCCACCAGACACCACUGACGGAUGCAAAUUUGCCAAAGACCUUCCAUCUUUCCUCGUUCCAGGCCUGCCUUCUCCGCAGAAAUCUGCUUCCCGCACAGGGUCCACGACCACUUUGGACAGUGAGACCACGAGUGAUGUUGGAAAGCCAGACCUUGUGAUCUCAGGAGGUGAGGAAAAGGCCUCGCCCUUCGGAAUAAAGCUGAGAAGGACCAACUACUCCUUGCGCUUCCAGUGUGACCAGCAAGCCGAACAGAAGAAGAAGAAGAGGCACAGCAGCGUGGGAGACACUGUGGACGACCCUGGAGAGAAAGAGCCUGAAGCUGUGACCCUCAAGCCUGGCACAUCCCACCCCCAGGAGAAAAAGCCAGCCCUAGCCCCUCGAAGGGACUCUGCCGAAAUCCCUUCUAGCAGUCAUUCUGUUGCUGUAGCCCAGUCAGGGCUGCCACAAGGUAGCCAGACCCCAGCUCCAGGGCAGGACAAGGCAGCAAGCAAAACACCACCAAUGCAGAAGCCGGCCCUGGCUCCCAAGCCUACCAGCCAAACGCCACCUUCGUCCCCGUUCUCCAAACUCAGCAGGCCUCACUUAAUAGAGCUGCUUGCUAGGCGUGCUGGGAAGGUGGAUUCCGAGCCAAGUGGGGCCUGCAGGGAGAGCCAGGAGAGCAGUGAUAACCAGCCACCCUCACCAUCACUGCCAGAGGAGCUGAAGGGACAGAAGAGGGUCGAGGAAGAGGUGCCAGAAAAGAAACCCGCUUCCCCGCCUCCAUCAACCAGCCAGCAAGAAAGACCUUCCUUGACUCCUGAGACAGGCAGAAAAGAGAAGCCCAUGCUCCAGAGCAGGCACUCUGUAGAUGGCUCCAAAUUAACAGAGAAAGGUGAAGCUGCUCAGCCGCUGUGGAUAACAUUGGCGCUGCAAAAGCAAAAGGGGUUUCGUGAGCAGCAGGCGACUCGAGAGGAGAGAAAGCAAGCCCGGGAGGCCAAGCAAGCAGAGAAGCUGUGUAAAGAAACUGUCAGUGUCAGCCCGCAGCCUGGAAGCAGAGCCAGUUCCCUGCACAAGUCUGCCACUCCGUCAGAAGAGAAGAAGCCUGAAACUGCAGUGUCCAGACUCCAGCGCCGAGAACAGCUGAAGAAGGCCAACACUCUUCCCACAUCCGUGACAGUGGAGAUCUCAGACUCUGCGCCCCCAACACCUCUGGUAAAGGAGGUCACCAAGAGGUUCUCCACCCCAGACGCUGCCCCCAUGUCUACAGAACCUGCCUGGCUGGCUUUGGCCAAGAGAAAAGCAAAGGCCUGGAGCGACUGCCCACAAAUCAUUAAGUAAACGGUGACUCUUUCCCAUGUCUGUGGCCAGUUGCUGGCUCUUCUCUUGCCCUUUUUAUUUAUUUAUUUUUUUAUAUGCGGUAAAGAAACCAAGUUAGGGAAAAGAAGCAUGUUUUAUAGGCUUUAAAAUAAUGUUUAG